AUUGAAAUUUCAAAUUGAAUUAACUAAUUAAGCAAUUAAUUUUAAAUAAUGUCGGGAGGUCAAUUCCUCUCAAAAUUGAUCCCCUCAAUAUUAGUGGGGGCGGUGACGGCGAUAGGAAAACCAGGAACAGUUCAAUCCCUUCAACCUGUUCGAUUCGCCUCCAAAAAAGCGGCCGGUGGAGGAAAUAAAAACCCCAAACAGGCCCCCGGAAACUUUAAAGGAAUAAAAAUCUGGGACGGAUGGCGUGCUAAUCCGCGAGAUAUCAUUGUCCACAAGCAGACAAGAUUAUGGUUUCAUCCCGGCCUUAAUGUUCGUCUCGCCGGUCGUUUAAAUCUCGUCGCCCUAAAAACGGGUACUGUUAGCUUCACUGUUGAAACGCCUGAUCUAAAUUGGAAACAUCGACAGGUCGAAAAAUUUUACGGGGCUCGUUCCAGAACGGCUCCCUUUUUCAAGAAGUACGUCCACGUCAUCCCGGAUAAGCAGCAUAAUCAAUUCAGACUCGUCGACAUGGUGUGACGACUAAGCUUAAUGUAAAUAUAUCGACAUGCCAUGGCGUUUAAAACUACUAGUCGCGAAGUUAUAAAUUUAGGAUGAUGAGUUUAUAAAAGACUUCAUAUUUUGUACGAAAGUAAAUUAAGCAUUUAAUUAAU